AUGGCCAGCCAAAUCCCUCUACCUGAGAAACUCGAGUCAAAGAGACCGGAAGCGUGGAAAACUUGGAUCGAACGUUUUGACUUCUACCGUAUCGCUUCAGAGUUACAUACUAAAGGAGAUGCAGUCCAGGUUAGUACGUUAAUUUACGCCAUGGGAGGCAACGCUCACGAAAUCUCAAAAAACUUUCCUCUUGGUGCAAAAGACGUAACCUACAAGAACAUGGUGAAAUGCUUCAACGAUCAUUUCAUCGGAAAAACCAACGUUAUCUACGAACGAGCUAAAUUCMACCGCCGCUGUCAACUAGAAACCGAGUCAGCUAUUGACUUCAUAGAAGAUCUACACAAGUUAGCAGAAUCGUGCAAUUAUGGCGACCUAAAAGAUGAGCUUAUUAGAGACAGAUUAGUUGUUGGAAUUCGAAACGAUGCUUYGUCCGAGAAACUGAUGAGUGACGAAUCCUUGACGCUCGAUCAAACAAUCAAGAAGUGGCUUGAAAUAAACAUCUUGAUUCUACACGAUCUGAGCGACUACAACAAACAACAAACGAUUAAAGCCAGGGAGUCUACAGAUGUGAGAGUGGCUACUAUUCAUAACAAAAAGCAAAACUCAUACCGUCGAUCGAAUGUGGAACACUCAAGCACGCAAGGAAAUCCCCAACCAAAACCUAAGAGCUCUGAUAAAUCCUGUUAUCGCUGUGGGAGAUCACCGCCGCACCAGCGCCAAGAUUGUUCUGCCUUAUCACACAAAUGUUAUCACUGUCAGAAGAUCGGACAUUAUGCUUCUGUUUGCAAAGCAAAUAGUGUCAGUGCCGUUGAACAAGACAGCGAUAGUGAUAGCAGUGAUAGCAAAACCGGAAAAUUUCUUGGAGAAGUACGAUCACAAGAGAACACCGACUCGAAAUGGCACGUGAAACUCUCCAUCGGAGACACGGACGUGACAUUUAAACUCGAUACUGGAGCUGACGUCACCGUCAUACCCGAGAGAGUUUACAACAAUGCACGAUUGAAACCACUUAGUAGAUCUAACCGCAAGUUAUUUGGCCCAGGACAUUCACCGCUCUCUGUUAGAGGAGUAGUAAAAACACAGGUCACAACAAUGGAUGGGAAAUCGGCGACGACUGAAGUCUAUGUGAUCGACGGCCUCAAAGAACCUCUACUGGGUCGCCCUGCAAUUGACUCRCUCCACUUGGUCGAAAGAGUGAACGAGCCAAAAACAUCACGCUUCGCCGUUUACAGUGAGAAAGACCUUGACAACCUAGUUGAUGAAAGCCAAGCAAAAUCAACAAAAUAUGCCACAGCAUACGCUGUACCGGUAUUUAAAGAAUGGGCUUCCUCAAAAGGAAUUGAAGAAGAAAUAGCAAACAUGAGCAAAGAGGAGCUCAACUACAACCUAAAAAGUUUCUACGCUGAAACUAGAAAUAAGGACGGAGAAAACUAUACAUAUUCAGGAAUGGCAUAGAGCGCUUCUCAACAACCCACCCCAUAAAAAAAGUUUUCAUACUGAUCACUUGCCACUGAUCCUGCCUUCAAGCAGUCAAACCAAAUCCUCGAUGCUAAACUUAAAAGCAUGAAAAAGAAAGGCGAGUCAAAUGUUCAACACAAACCUGCCAUUGAGCCAGAAGACCUUCGCCGUCUAAAAGAAAGCCAAGCUAUAAGUCCAACAACAUCCCUCAGGGCCUACUAUUCAACGUAUGGUUCCAUAUUACGCUGUACUUCUGUCGCCGUGGUCGAGAGGGGCAG